AUGGUACUUCUGUCAUGCUUGACGGCAGUUGCAUCGAGUAUCACCUCAGAAAUCCACCUGCAAGAAGGAAUAAUUUCUGCAAUGGGCAAAGAAAUAACCAGUGUAUAUGAAGGCGUGUUUAAAGAUAAGGUUUAUAACCUAGUCGUCAGUCCCAACUGCGCGGAGCAGUCGGCAGUAGCCAACCACGUUCUACAUUACAUCCACAAUUCUGCGUUAGUGCAUGUGUUUACCUUGUGCAAUAGCACAUUUCCAAGUGGUUUGACCAGAUGCAAGAAACCGGAACCAGAAGAUGACGAAGAAGUAGCAUGUGAUAAACAAGCACUUUCAGACAACAUAGAAAAUAGCGUGGGAUUCAUAAUCAUCACUGGAAAAAUAACUGACCAAUGCGUCGUUCCAUUAGAAUGGGGCAACUUGUUGCAACACCCCAAUACACCCAACACCACCAACAUCAACACCACCAACACCCCCAACACCCCCAACACCCCCAACACCACCAACAGCAACACCACCAACACCCCCAACACCCCCAACACUACCAACACCCUCAACACCCCCAACAUCACCAACACCACCAUCACCAACACCACCAACACCACCAUAACCCAACACCACCAACACCACCAACACCCCCAACACCACCAACACCACCAACACCACCAACAGCAACACCCCAACACACCCAAUACCACCAACAGCAACACCACCAACACCCCCAACACCCCCAACACCCCCAACACCACCAACAGCAACACCAACAACACCCCCAACACCACCAACAGCAACACCAACAACACCCCCAACACCACCAACACCCCCAACACCCCCAACACCCCCAACACCACCAACACCCCCAACACCCCCAACACUACCAACACCCUCAACACCCCCAACACCCCCAUCACCAACAUCACCAAAACCACCGACACCACCAACACCACCAAGAUCACCAGGACGUUCACCGCCAGCACUAUCACAAAGUUGUGCCAAAUAUAG